AACACUAUCUCAUGCAUACAAAGUGCUUGCCUUUGGCUUUUCAAUCAACCUACAUUUUCUUUUUCUUUUUGUUUGAAAUAAUCAAAAUUUUGUUCACAUUAUGAUCGUUAAGGAGCUAAAAUUAGUUGUCCAUCGAAUUUGCAGGCAUAUGUGCUCAAUCAGUCCAAUUGGACGAGAUGCCAUUUUGCUAAUCAUUCACAAUACUUUUUUGCUGUAUUACAUUAUUAAUAGAUUCAAGCAUUUGGCACAGGCGUCCAUAAAUUCACCUGGCCCAGUAAAUACUUUUCACUAUAUGCCUUUGGUUUAUGAGACGCCCGUCUUGCCAGAGACUGAUAGAACUUGGAAUGCCGUGCUGAAAACUUCAACUUGGCAGUACUUUGAGUCAGUUUUCCUUCAUAAUAUGGCCCUCAUGCUGCCAUUUAUUUUGACCCUAACGGUGUCGAACUACAAAUUGCUAUUUAUGUGCUCCUUACUGUGUGUUUCAAAUCUCUUUAUGCUUUUAUUGUUCACCUCGCUGAUUGCUGAAUUUCUUUACGUGAAUGGUUUGAAGCAAAUUCUUCAACUUUCUGUGAUAUUUUGUCUAGGACCUGUAUGCCAAUUUGUGUUAGUGUGUCGUCUUUUGGACAAAACUUGGGUAGAUGUAAUUGUGGAAUUCGAUUGGAAUGGAUAUUAACUGCAAUAAAAAAAUUUGCCAAAUGAAAGUUAAUAUGUUUGAAAAUAGUUGGCGAAUCAAAAUUUUGACAUGCUCGUACUCAAAUAUCAAGCAAAUAUGUUCUGUAUGGAUUUGGCUUGCACUAAUUGGGUAGAUGGCAAUAAUAUCACAGUCCG